GAUGAUUUACUGUUGUGCCCGUUGUUCUUGGAUGCAAAACAGCGGUUUCUUGGGAAGCUCACACACGCCUUUUUUCUCUCCAAAAGAACACCUAAACUUCACUCACUCAGUUAAUCAAAAUGUCGAUGGACGAAUUUCGUGCAAAAGUGUUGGAACGUGGGGCAUCCUCGAUUAAAGGAAUUGGAAGAACUUUCCGUAUUUAUGACGAUGAUGGUAACAAAAGCUUAUCCUUUGAAGAAUUUUUCGAGGGUAUUACAGAUUAUCAACUAGAUUUCAGCAAAGAGAAAAGUCAGGAAUUGUUUAAUUCGUUUGAUAAAGAUGGAAGUGGUGCUCUUUCUUUUGAUGAAUUUUUGCUUGGGUUAAGAGGAAACUUGAAUGAAAGUCGAUUAAAAGUUGUCAAAGAAGCUUUCAAGAAAGCAGACAGAAGUGGAGAUGGUAUACUUGAUGCUAAAGAUUUAAAACGUGUUUAUAAAGUUACCGAGCAUCCAAAAUACAAAAAUGGUGAAUGGGAUGAGAGUCAAGUAUUCACGGAGUUCUUGAAAUCGUUUGAGCCUGAUGAGGCCAAAAGAGACGGCAAGGUCACUGAAGAAGAGUUUAUCAACUACUACGCCGGUGUCAGUGCUAAUAUAGACAACGAUGCCUACUUUAACUUGAUGGUGCGUAACGCAUGGAAGAUUUAAAAUCCAAGUUUUGAUUAGUUCCCCCGUUCUAUUUCGAUCACGUGGUUAACUCCUCCUUUGAGUGGAUCACAAGAGAUGUAUGAUAUUGUUUUUUAAUGACUUGUGUAUUAUUUGUAAUAUCUACAUUUUAUUGGUUCAUAUAGAAUUGUAUUUAUUUUGUAAAACAAUUUUAUUUUUGUUAUUUACUUUUAAAAGUAUUUUUUUUAUUUGUGGGAAAUUAUGUAGAGAGGACACUCUUUAUUUGCACCUACUGUAACUUAAUACUAAUUUACAUGAAAGAUGGAUUUUAUCUGA